AUGAAGCAAUCUCUGAUUGCUCGUCAUUUUUCGGUGUCCACUGUUUCGUUGGGCAAGAUUCACGUCCAAUCACCAAUCGUUGAGAUGGAUGGAGAUGAAAUGACUAGAAUUAUUUGGGCUAGAAUCAAAGACAAAUUGAUCAACCCAUACUUGAACGUUGACUUGAAAUACUACGACUUGGGCAUCGAAGCUAGGGAUAAGACUAAUGAUCAGAUUACUAUCGACGCUGCAAAUGCCAUCAAGGAGUACGGUGUCGGCGUGAAGUGUGCUACUAUCACCCCAGACGAGGGCCGUGUUGCCGAAUUUAAAUUGAAGAAAAUGUGGUUAUCUCCAAAUGGUACAAUCAGAAAUAUUUUGGGGGGGACAGUCUUUAGAGAGUCCAUCAUUAUUCCCAGAAUCCCUAGAUUGGUUCCAGGGUGGGAGAAGCCUAUUGUCAUCGGCAGACAUGCUCAUGGCGACCAGUAUAAAGCUACAGAUCUAGUCAUCGAGGAGCCUGGUAAAUUGGAAAUGGUAUUCACUCCAAGCCAAGGAGGUAACAAGAUUACCAAGACAAUUUAUGACUACAAAGGCCCAGGUGUUGGUUUAGCUAUGUAUAAUACUGAUGAGUCUAUCAUUGGUUUUGCGCAUUCGUCAUUCAAAAUGGCUCUUUCAAAGAACUUGCCCUUGUACUUGUCUACCAAGAACACUAUCUUGAAGAAAUAUGAUGGUCGCUUCAAGGAUAUCUUCCAAGACAUUUACGAGAAGGAGUAUGCUUCUCAGUUUAAAAGCAAGGACUUAUGGUACGAGCAUCGGUUGAUUGAUGAUAUGGUGGCUCAAAUGAUCAAAUCCAAGGGUGGGUUUGUCAUGGCGUUGAAGAAUUAUGAUGGUGAUGUACAGUCUGAUAUUGUUGCUCAAGGGUUUGGUUCUUUAGGACUUAUGACCUCCGCCUUGAUGACACCAGAUGGAAAAGCAUAUGAGUCCGAGGCCGCCCAUGGUACUGUCACCAGACAUUUCAGACAACAUCAACAAGGUAAGGAAACAUCAACAAAUUCCAUCGCAUCUAUUUUUGCAUGGUCUAGAGGUAUUGCGCAAAGGGGAAGAUUGGACGGCACUCAAGAUGUAGUUAAAUUUGCUGAAAAGUUGGAACAAGCCACAUUGGCAACAGUCCAGGAAGAUGGAAUUAUGACCAAGGACUUGGCUUUAGCGUGCGGCAAAACUAACCGUGAGGCCUAUGUUACUACGACAGAAUUUUUGGAUGCUGUUUCUGAUAAAUUGAAGACUACAGUUCAAGUCUAA